AUGGAGACUGCCUUCCAGGAGAUGACUAUCAAUGCGUUGAAAACUUAUGGAAGAGACCUUAUUGAACAAGCAGCAAAGUUUGACCCAGUUAUUGGCCGAGACCAAGAAAUAAGGCAGGUUAUUCAGAAUCUCUCAAGGAGAACAAAGAACAAUCCAAUGCUUGUUGGAGAACCAGGAGUUGGAAAAACUGCUGUAGUUGAAGGCUUGGCUCAGAGGAUAUUAAGAGGUGAUGUCCCUAGUACUCUUGCCAAUGUGAGGAUCAUAGAAUUGGAUAUGGGUGCUUUGCUGGCCGGGGCACAGUAUAGAGGACAAUUUGAGGAGAGGUUAAAGGCUGUUUUGAAUGAAGUGGAAGCGGCUCAAGGGAAGGUGAUUCUAUUCAUUGAUGAGAUUCACCUUGUUCUUGGUGCUGGUAGAGUUAAGGGGUCUAAUAUGGAUGCUGCCAACCUCUUUAAGCCAAUGCUUGCUAGAGGUCAGCUGAGGUGCAUUGGUGCAACAACCCUUGAAGAGUACCGGAAAUAUGUAGAAAAGGAUGCUGCAUUUGAGAGAAGGUUCCAAAAGAUUAUUGUGGCUGAACCUAGUGUUGAGGACACAGUUAGUAUCCUUCGAGGGCUGAAAGAGAGAUAUGAAAGUCAUCAUGGUGUGCGAAUUUUGGACCGUGCCCUGGUUGUUGCUGCAGAACUUUCAAGCCGGUACAUCACAGGCAGACGUCUUCCUGACAAGGCAAUUGAUCUAGUUGAUGAAGCUUGUGCAAAUGUGAGAGUCCGGCUUGAUAGUCGGCCUGAAGAGAUUGACAACAUUGAAAGAAAGAUAAUGCAGCUGAAAGUUGAGGUUCAUGCACUUGAAAAAGAGAAGGACAAAAGUAGCAAAGCUCGUCUUGUUGAAGUGAGAAAAGAGCUUGAUGACUUGAGAGACAAACUGCAGCCUUUGAUGAUCAAAUAUCGAAACGAGAAGGAAAAGGUUGAUGAAACUCAACGGUUUAAGCAGAAGCGAGAAAAACUGUUACUUGCUUUAGCACAGGCUGAAAGAAGAGGUGAUUUUGCCAAGGUUGCUGACUUACGUUAUGGAGCUAUUCAGGAAUUGGAAACUGCUGUCGCACAGCUUGAAUUGAACAGCAAUAACAACUUGAUGCUGACAACAGCUGUUUCACCAGAGCAUAUAGCAGAGGUUGUGAGCCGUUCCACUGGCAUACCUAUCACAAGGCUAGACCAGAAUGGCAAAGAGAGGCUAAUUGGACUUGCUGAGAGGCUGCAUAAAAGAGUAGUGGGUCAAGAACAGGCAGUUGCUGCUGUUUCUGAGGCGGUUUUGAGGUCAAGAGCUGGGCUAGGAAGGCAAGAACAACCAACUGGCUCAUUCCUAUUCUUGGGUCCAACCGGUGUCGGUAAAACUGAGCUUGCAAAGGCUCUAGCUGAGCAACUUUUUGAUGAUGAAAAUCUAAUUGUGAGACUAGACAUGUCUGAGUACCUUUCUGAAAAUUCUCUUUCGCGCUUGAUUGGUGCUCCUCCAGGGUAUGCUGGUCAUGAUGAAGGUGGCCAACUGACAGAGGCCGUGAGACGGAGACCCUAUAGUGUUGUAUUAUUUGAUGAAGUGGAAAAGGCACACACCUCCAUUUUCAACAUUCUCCUGCAAGUAUUAGACGAUGGAAGGUUAACUGACGCCCAAGGUCAUGUUGUAGACUUCAAGAACACUAUGAUUAUCAUGACCUCUAACCUUGGAGCAAAACAUCUCCUGUCUGGUUUAGUGGGAGAGUGUUCAAUGCAAGUUGCUCGUGAUAGAGUUAUGCCAGAGGUGAGAAGUCACUUUAGUCCUGAGUUCCUAAAUCGGCUUGAUGAGAUUGUCAUAUUUGAUCCUCUUUCAUAUGAGCAAGUAAAGAAGGUGGCUAGAUUGCAAAUGAAGGAUGUUAUUAACCGACUUUCUGAGAGAGGUGUUGCUUUGGAAUUGACUGAUGCAGCAUUGAAUUAUAUUAUGCAUAAGAGUUAUGAUCCGGCUUAUGGUGCUAGACCAAUUAGGAGAUGGCUUGAAAAGAAGGUGGUGACAGAGUUGUCAAGAAUGCUGGUAGGAGAAGAGAUGGAUGAGAACUCGACUGUUUAUAUAGAUGCAGGGCCAUAUGGAAGUGAGUUGGUGUAUCGAGUCGAAAAGAACUGA